CGCCCCGCUGCAUUGUGGGACGGGGGAUCAGAGCAGACGGCCCGGGAUCUGAUGGCGGCUGAUCCCGUCCAGUUACACUGGAGGCAUGUGACCUCCUUUACCGGGCCGGUCCCGAGCGCCAGGCACGGACACCGCGCUGUGGUCAUACGGGAGCUCAUGAUCAUCUUUGGGGGAGGUAACGAGGGAAUAGCGGAGGAGCUGCACGUCUACAACACAGCAACAAAUCAAUGGUUCCUCCCAGCUGUCAGAGGCGAUAUACCGCCAGGUUGUGCUGCUCAUGGAUUGAUAUGUGAUGGGACCAGGGUUCUGGUUUUUGGAGGAAUGGUGGAAUAUGGAAGAUACAGCAAUGACUUGUACGAGCUGCAGGCAAGCCGUUGGCUAUGGAAAAAGUUGAAACCUCACCCUUUACCCAGUGGGUCCCUGCCCUGUCCCCGUCUUGGGCACAGUUUUUCUCUCUAUGGCAAUAAAUGUUAUUUGUUUGGUGGCCUUGCCAAUGAGAGCGAAGACAACAAUAACAAUAUUCCCAGGUACCUGAAUGACUUUUAUGAGCUUGAUUUACGUCAAGGAAGUGGAGUUGUGGGCUGGAGUAUACCACAGACGAAAGGUGCCCCUCCUAGCCCACGGGAGUCCCAUUCCGCAGUGAUAUACAGCAGGAAGGAUCGUGGAAAAUCAAAGCUAUAUAUUUUUGGUGGAAUGUCUGGAUGUCGGCUCAGUGAUCUUUGGGAACUAGAUAUUGAGACCAUGACGUGGAGCAGUCCAGAGGCCAAAGGAGUGUUUCCUUUAGCCAGAAGUCUUCAUACUGCCAAUGUUAUAGGAAAUAGAAUGUAUGUUUUUGGUGGCUGGGUACCACAGACGUUAGAAGACGAUAGCCCACCCUCCCAAGAGAGCCAGUGGAAGUGCACCAACUCCUUUUCCUUUUUGGAUCUAGACUCCAUGAAGUGGACAACUUUAAUGCCAGACUCUUCGGAAGAUAGAAGGGAUUGGCCGUGGCCCAGAGCAGGACACUGUGCCAUCACAAUUGGGAAACGUUUAUAUAUCUGGAGCGGAAGGGAUGGCUACAAAAAGGCGUGGAAUUGCCAAGUUUGUUGCAAAGACCUUUGGUACAUAGACACAGAAAAGCCUCCUCCACCUUCACCGGUGCAGCUGGUAUUGGCCACCACAAAUUCCUUUCAUGUGAAAUGGAACGAGCUACCUACCGUUGAAGGGUAUCUUCUUCAACUGUGUCCAGAAUCACCGGGGACAACUGGUGCUGGAAAGCCUGCUCCCCUCAGUGAAAUCACAUCCACUGCACGUGCUGGCCCACUGCAUUCACAGAGCGGUCUUAUGUGCCCACAGCGGUUUGAAGAAAGUGUGGACAGCCCUGCAUCUCCUGAGGUCAGAGUGGACAUUUGUCAACAACACACCGGCGGACUGACCAGUCAGGUGUCUACAUCAAUGUAUGUGCAGCAUAGUGCUUCAGACCAAGAAGUUGAGGACAUGAAGGAGUCUCUGACUGACAAGCAGACACUUUCCAGUGGGAAUGCAGAGCUAAAUGGCAAAAUAAAAACGUCACCCGGAUCAAAAUCAGCAGGUCUUCAUACAUCAUCUAAAUUGAAUGAUGUGCAUGACUUGGACAUAGGAUUGUUAACUCCUGAGGUUUCUGCAUCCUGUAUUGUCUCCAGUGCACAAUCUAUGGUAACCCAGCAGAGCAUUAAAACUGAGUCAUCACGUACAAAUGGGGCACUUAUUAGAGAUGAAACUUCACUAACUACAUUCAGUACACACUCUGAAGCUGCAUUAUCUUCAAGGGAACAGUGCCCUUCCCAGACAAAGAGAACCUCGAUGAAUGGUCAAACUGGGGAGCAGUCUGCGUUGAAGAAUGGUUUGAUGCAAUGGUAUGAUGUUGGAAUCUUCCAGAGCAAUAGUGCCGUGGUCACGCACUUCUUUAUACUUCCAGACAGCAGUCAGAGUCUUAGAGACAAGGCUGCAGAUGUCGACUUAUCUGACUACACUAUGUUGAAGAAACAUGACCUGUGUCCCGGAAGUGUGUACAGAUUUAGAGUGGCUGCAAUAAAUGGACGUGGAAUCGGAGCUUUCAGUAAGAUCAGUCAGUUUAAGACAUGUAUUCCUGGAUUUCCUGGGGCUCCGUCUUCCGUUAAAGUCGCAAAGAGUGCAGACUGUGUUCAUAUUUCCUGGGAAUCGCCUUCUUCACCGACAGGAAAUAUAUUAGAAUAUUCUGCAUAUCUAGCCAUACGCACUUCUCUUCCCGAGGCUCAAAACCAGCUAGCAUUUGUAAAGAUUUACAGUGGCUUAGAGACAUCAUGCACUGUAACAGCUUCCCAGCUUGCAAAUGCUCAUGUCGACUGCAGCUCCCGGCCUGCGGUGGUAUUCAGGAUUUCUGCUAAGAAUGAGAAGGGAUAUGGACCUGCUAUCCAAGUUAGAUGGCUCCAGGAGAAAACAUGAGGCUUCAAGUGGAAGAUCAUAAAGAGAAAGGCAGUUCUGAUCUGUUUGUCACUUUGCUGGGAAGAAUUCUUCUGGACGUCUUUUACUAGAGCUGUGCGUCUCAGUUUUUUGUAAGAUUUUGUAAAUCUCCAAAUGUUUAUUUUUUCAUUCUGCCUCUACUUGUAUAGAUAUACAUAUGAUCUAAAUAUAUGAUGACAGUAUAUACUUUUUCAUGUUCUAUUAUAAAUGUUCGCUAUAUUAUACAUGUUAGUGAUAUGUACUCAGGUGGGACUACGUGGUACAGUUUCUAAUAAUUGGAAACUGCCUUCUUGCUUCCAUUUAUUUUUACCACUUACAUAUAUUUGUACCUAGUUUUAAGCAAUAAAAUGGUGCAAAGGGACGGGAGGGAUCUUCUAGUGCAAUACAGUAGGCACAUAGCACUUCCCCUUGAACUAGGGGUAUCCUGCCAGUUUUCCGUGAAAGAAUAACUAGGGAGUAACAAGGUGUUACAUCAGAAUUUUUUAUUUCUACCCUUUAACAGUGUAUGUUUACAGUAGACUGUGUAUGUGUAUUGCACUUUUAAAUGGGGUAUAUUUUUUGGGGGGUAAAAUCAUAUGCAAAAAUUGUUUAUAUUGCAGCUGCCAGGUCAUUAUGUAUUUAUGAUCUGUUUGGUAACAAAAGCAUUUAUUCAGUAUUGAGCUUAUAUUAGGGAAUUGCUUUACUAGUAUAUAAUGGAACUCUUCCCAUUGGCUACAGGAGGGAACCUCUGACCGCCGUAAACAGCAGCCUGUAGUCUGGAUUCUCCGGGAAUCUUUUGGGGUGUAAAAAUAUUUCUGUGUCAGCAGCCCAGUUGUAUGUAGACUGCUUCUGCCACUACCAUCAGCUCAGUGCAUAAACAUCUUAGCAUAAUCAGCAACAUAGGAAGCCCUAUGAUUUUGCCCUACAUUUUGAUGGCAUAUUCAAAGUCCCAUCCACAUGUAGUGUUCUGUAAUUUGCGAUGGAUCUGCGGUGCAGCAUCCGCCCCGUCUAACUCAUUUGUGUUGCUUUUCUGCUGUCAUUUUGAAACCAGAGGGUAUACUACUACACUAUGUUUUGCACAAGAAUGUAAAUCCUUGAGUCAAUAUGAUGAAACUUUGGGGGUUAUUUUUUUAAGACUGGCGUUUUAGACGCCGGUCUAAAUAAGGCCUUGCACUGGCGGUGGUCCACCAAAGAUAUGUAGAGGCACCGUCCUCUACAUAACUUCGGUGGAUCCACCACAAGGGAGCUGGUGUAGAUUUAGAGUAGCCUAAAACAGGCGUAGAAAAUGAUGAAGAGACUGCUGCCGGCCCGCCCCCUUCUCCUCCAGUGCUGCACCCACUUUCUUAAACCUGGCGUGAGCAGGGAAAAGUCACAGAUUGCGGCACAAAUAACCUUUGCGCUGCAAUCUGCGCCUGAAAUACGUCUAAUAUAGAUGUAUUUCUGGUUAGUAAAUUACCCCUUUUUUUCUGUGUCUUUGGAUCAAUCAUUCAACAGUGAUUUCCAUGCAAAAUAUUGCUGGGGAACCCGAGAAAUGUGUCCACUCCGGGGGAUCCCUUAACACCUAUCGCUCAUAGAAGCUUUGAGUAGGGGGCAAGAAAAGCGUUCUAUAUUCUUGCCCAUGAUCUUUAUUUUCCCCCACAGCAACUUCAUGGGUUAAAUAAGUAAAAACAAGUCUCCAGUCGAUCUGUGCCAUGUUUUUGGUUUCCAUUGAUGGGAUGCAGGUCUGUCAUUUUGACAUGAACAACUUUCCGAGCACAGCACCCAGCAAUUUGUAAGCUGCUAUGGGGCUGAUGAAAUAAUAAGUAAACCUAAACAUACCCGCCUAGGUCCCAGCACCACUGCUCCGUCCUCUUCCCUGGGCUGCAGCCAGUGACGUAUUGUUUAGGGUGCAGUGAUGACGUCCCUUAUACUGCUGCAGCCAUUCUCUGACCUCAGCAGUGUACAGCAUGAGACUACUCAAUUAUUGGCUGCAUGGUGUUGGGCUGUGUUCCCCAACUCCAGUCCUCAGGACCCAUCUGCCAGUUACAGUUUGAGAAUAUCCCACAGAAUGAAUAGUUGCGGUACAGUAAGUCCUGAUGCAUUGACACUAAUUAUAUCCCCUGCUCAAUACCAAGAAAUCCUUAAAAGGUAGGCCCUAAAAACUGAAGUUGAGGAACACGUGUGUAUGGGAAGUCACAGCCCCAUAGAUGUUUCUCAAAAUUUUACCGGACAAAAAAGCCCUGCACGCAGGAUUUUUUGUCCAGUCUUUUUGAUGAAAUCUGCAACAGCGGCCCUGAACUGAGCAGAUGUGGUCAAGCCCUUAGGUUGAUUGUGAUCCAUGCCCAUUACCAUCGCUGCUACCUGACCUGUGAUGGGUGAUAUAGCUCAUUCUUCUGAGCAGCUGCUUCAUUUUCUCCGCAGUCUCAGUAGUAUACCUGUUUUUGUCAAUUCAUAUAAGAACCAGUUGGUAAUAGGCACAGCUUUAUUUGGGAAGGUGUGACUGGGAUAUUGCCGCUUGUGCACUUUUUGGAUGUUAUGUUUGACAAGAUGCCUGAAUCACC